ACGUUUGUAUGUGGUUUGUCUAUGUGAUCCAUCGACACUUAAAAGGCUACCUCCCUUGUCCUCAGAUUUUAAAUCAGAGUUCAAUUUUCUGGGAAAAUCUUCAAGGCUUAACCUCUAAUACCAAACCAAUGGCGGUGUCCAGUAAGAUGGAAUUUUCGGAACACCAUUCCAUUCAGGAACUUCCAUUCAUACGAAUGACACUAUUUAAAAUUUUCAAAUAUCCAGCUCUAAUAUUUACGAGGAGGUGACAGCCUCACUUUUAAGUUCUAAUCAGGGACUUCUCAAUCUCUUUGAUUUCUGUGUUCAGGCUUUCCGAUAGUCAUGAUAAGAAGAAGGAUUACCUCUAAAUCUCCCAUUUCUAUCAUUCUGACGGGCAUCCCAUUUGAAUUUCCCGCCAUAUUUGUCGAACAUUUUUCUUCAGCAUCAUCUCUGCAUUUAGAUUACUACUACGAUGAACCGAACCACUUCAAUGCCGUUGAUCCUGACAUUUUCUUCUCCAAUCUAAUAGACAACUCAACCCAUAAGAGACAUCUCAUACAAAUUCAGACCCAUCUCAUUGUGUCAGGAUUAAAAGAUAGCAAGUAUUUAGUAACCAAGUUUGUUAAUUCUUGUUCUAACAUUGGUGAAAUUCAUUAUGCACGUAAAGUACUUGAAGAAAUUUAUGAACCAAAUAUUUUUCUUUGGAAUGCAGUUAUACGGGGUCAUUCUAAGAAUAAUUUAUUUGGUGAUGCGCUUAAAAUGUAUACUAGAAUGCAGACGGAAGGCACGGGUCCGGAUAGAUUUACCCUUCCCUAUAUCUUAAAAGCGUGCAGUGCUACAUCAGCGUUGAGAAUGGGAAGAACUAUCCAUUGUCAGAUAUUCAGACAUGGGUUUGAAUCAGAUGUGUUUGUGCAGAAUGGCCUGGUGGCAUUGUACGCAAAGUGUGGUAAAAUUGAUCAGGCCCAAGUUGUUUUCGAUGGAUUAGGUGAAAGGAAUAUUGUUUCCUGGACCUCAAUUCUUUCCGGUUAUUCCCAAAAUGGUCAGCCUAUGGAAGCUUUGAGAAUUUUUAGUGAAAUGAGACGAUUUGAUGUAAAACUGGAUUGGAUUUCUCUAGUGAGUGUUCUCAGGGCUUAUACUGACGUUGAAGAUCUGAAGCAGGGGAGAGCUGUUCAUGGUUCUGUUGUCAAAUUGGGGCUUGACUUGGAACCUGACAUGUUAAUUGCACUUACUGCAAUGUAUGCAAAAUCUUGGGAAGUGACAGUUGCAAAAUUCUUGUUUAACCAAAUGGAAACGCCUGAUGUGAUUCUGUGGAACGCUAUGAUAUCUGGGUAUGCAAAAACUGGUUAUGCAGAUGAAGCUGUAGAGCUUUUCCGUAUGAUGAUUUCUAAAAACAUCAAACCCGAUUCUGUAUCAGUACGAUCUGCAAUUGUAGCUUAUGCGCAAGUGGGGUCUCUUAAGUUGGCUAGAUGGAUAGAUGAGUUUAUUAACAGAAGUGAGUACAAAAAUGAUGUAUUUGUCAAUACGGCCCUUAUUGACAUGUAUGCAAAAUGCGGUAGUGUAACUUCUGCACGUUCUAUAUUUGAUCGGAUGCUGAAAAAAGAUGUGGUAGUUUGGAGCUCUAUGAUUGUAAGUUAUGGGUUGCAUGGUCAAGGCCAAGAAGCUAUUGAUCUUUUCCAAGAAAUGAAACUAGCAGGAGUAAAACCAAAUGAUGUCACCUUUCUUGGGCUUCUCAUCGCAUGCAACCAUUCUGGUUUAGUCCAGGAAGGAUGGGAGUAUUUCUAUUGCAUGACAAGAGAUCAUGGGAUUGAGCCCCGGCAUCAACACUAUGCUUGUGUGGUUGAUCUUCUUGGUCGUGGUGGAUAUUUGGACAAGGCCUAUGAGUUCAUCACAAAGAUGCCCAUGGAACCAGGGAUUACAGUGUGGGGAGCACUGCUGAGUGCCUGUAAAAUACAUCGCCGUGUGACUUUAGGAGAAUAUGCAGCAGAACGUAUUUUUUCUUUAGACCCAUUAAAUGCAGGGCAUUACGUGCAGCUCUCAAAUCUCUAUGCUUCAGUUGGCAUGUGGAGUCAUGUGUCAAAGGUUCGAGUUCUUAUGAAAGAGAAGGGAUUGAGCAAAGAUCUUGGGUACAGUUCAAUCGAGAUAAAUGGAAAACUUCAGGCAUUCCGUGUGGGAGAUAAGUCACAUCCUAGAUCAAAAGAGAUAUAUCAAGAGCUGGAGGAGCUGGAAAGAAGAAUGAAGGAGGCAGGGUUUGUUCCCAACACAGCCUCGGCCUUGCAUGAUUUGAACAAUGAAGACAAGGAAGAAAAUCUGUGCAACCACAGUGAGAGGUUAGCCAUUGCUUUUGGACUUAUCAGCACGCCUCCUGGCACAACUCUACGAAUAAUAAAGAACCUCCGGGCAUGUGUGAACUGUCAUUCAGCGGCGAAGUUCAUAUCUAAGCUAGUUGGAAGAGAGAUAGUUGUAAGGGAUGCGAACCGGUUUCAUCAUUUCAAGGAUGGUCUUUGUUCUUGUGGAGAUUAUUGGUGAAAAGAAAAUUCGUGUCUGUACCCUCGCUAUAUAUGCUUGUUAAAUUUUGAACUUUAAGAAAGCUUACAACAGUGACGGAGUUGGAUAUAUCAUUAUACAAUUCUCCGGAAUGCCAUGAACCACAUGAUUCAUUCGCCCGCAUU